AUCCAUGAGGAGCGACAUCAGCUAUUGUAUAGGAAAAGGUUUAGAAAAGGCAGGGUCCAGUGCCGACGAACAAAACAAGAGUCUUGUAUUAGUAGUUGCUAAGAACAUUUUUUUAGAAGGAGUUUGUUAUUAAUAACAUUAAUUAAUAAUUAAUGUCCAUAUGUUAUUGUUCACAGGAACCUCGUUAGUAGCAGUUGUCGUCUGUUCUCACAAGGAAAGCAGUUAAACCUGUUUGACAUACUCUGUAUACAAUCUUGCAAUUCAACACUAUCCAUUGCUCAAAAGUUUUAAAUACAGAUGAGGAUAGCAGUAGAAGGGUGUAUGCACGGAGACUUGGAUAAUGUCUAUGCCACCCUAUUGCAGUUGCAAGAAGUUGAGAAUAUAAAGAUUGAUCUCCUUUUAUGUUGCGGUGACUUUCAGGCUGUUAGGAAUGAGAAGGAUCUAGAAAGCUUAAAUGUGCCAGUUAAAUACCGGAGCAUGAACUCUUUCUGGAAGUAUUACUCAGGAGAGAAAGUAGCACCAUUUCCAACUAUAUUUAUUGGAGGAAAUCAUGAAGCAUCCAAUUACCUUUGGGAAUUGUACUAUGGAGGAUGGGCAGCACCUCAGAUAUACUUCCUUGGAUUUGCUGGAGUAAUCAAGUUUGGCAACAUUCGUAUUGGUGGCCUUUCCGGAAUUUAUAAAUCACACGACUACAAUCGGGGGCACUACGAGAAGCUACCUUAUAAUCAACGGGAUAUUCGAUCUAUUUAUCAUGUUCGCGAGUAUGAUGUUCACAAGCUCUUGGAAGUUGAGGAACCAAUUGAUAUCUUUCUUUCACAUGACUGGCCUGUUGGCAUCACUGACUGUGGGAACUUGAAAGCUCUUCUUCGUCAGAAGCCUUUCUUUGAGCAAGAGAUUCAGGAAGGAACUCUGGGAAGCAGACCUGCUGCUGAAUUACUGGCAAAGUUGAGGCCUUCUUACUGGUUUUCUGCACAUCUGCACUGCAAAUUUGCUGCUUUAGUUCAGCAUGAGAAGGAUGGUCCUUCCACAAAGUUUCUUGCCCUUGACAAGUGCCUCCCUGGUAGAAAGUUUUUGCAGGUUAUUGAAAUUGAGUCCGGACCAGGACCUCAUGAACUUCAAUUUGAUGAAGAAUGGUUGGCAAUCACAAGAAAGUAUAAUGCUGUCUUGCCCUUGACAACCAGGCGUGCGAACUAUAGUGGUGUACAUCUUGACACAGAACAAUGCCACCAGUUUGUAAGAAAUAAGCUGCAGACAAGGGGAUCCAAACCAUUUGAAUUUGUUCAGACUGCACCGUGCUACAAUCCUUCUCACCCUGUUGCUAAUGAUGUCUUCCACGGUUUCUAUAAAAACCCUCAGACAGAAGCUCUAUUACAGUUUCUAGAACUCGAGUAUCUUCUUAAUAAAAUGCCAGAAUCAAGGGAGCCUGCUGCAGGUUCCUGUAAUUACGAGAGUGAAGAUAUACCCAUAGAUGACGUGGACGUGGACGUGGACGUGGACGUGGACGAUAUAAAACAAGUGGACUCGGAAGAUGCUUAAGAAGGAUUAAUCUAAAGCUCAGAUCACCACCUAAUGUAAAGCUUAAAGGUGGAUUGCCGCUAUAAAGGGUAAAUGACAACUGCAGUUUUAAUGGGCAGCUUCACUUCACGAAAUUGUUUUGACAUUUGAAACGGUGCCCCUUCUCGUUAUUCUUGGCCAUUUAGACGGUAGUACCUUCUACUUUUGCUCUCACCUCACUAAGCAAAACCUUCAGAGAAAAAGGUUAGGUGGUGAUUAAGCCUUCUCGGAGGAGUUCAUGAUUAAUUUUAUCACCUCCCAAACUAUCCUUUA